CCUCUAUCCAAUUCCAGGGGUACCAAAAGCUUGAACCCCAAAACGACAGCGAAGCGGAGAGCAGAACCACCGAAACAGCCAAAAUGGCUACGCUUCUCAAGUUCUACAGACCUUUCUUCCCAAUCCGAUUCCCCAACUCGGUACGGACGAUUCGACUCACAUCCCACCACUCGCACACUCUCUUCUUCAAGCCGAAGCCCAAAAAGAGCAGCCUUAUCCGUUGUACUCGUCUCAGUUCUCUGAGCUCGCCUCAGCCUUCGGUUCCGUCGUCAUCGACGGAGCUGUGGCUGUACAACACGAUGAGCAAGAAGAAGCAAGUGUUCAAGCCCAAAGUGGAGGGUCUGGUGGGCAUGUACGUGUGCGGAGUCACCGCUUACGAUCUCAGCCAUAUCGGCCACGCUCGCGUCUAUGUCACUUUUGAUGUUCUCUACAGAUAUCUUAGGCAUUUGGGGUGUGAAGUCCGUUAUGUUCGGAAUUUCACCGAUGUGGACGACAAGAUAAUUGCUCGGGCAAAUAAAUUGGGGGAGGAUCCAAUCAGUUUGAGCAGACGCUACUGCGAAGAGUUUCGUCAAGAUAUGAUAUAUCUUCAUUGCCUGCCACCUUCUGUUGAACCGCGAGUAUCAGAUCACAUGCCCCAAAUCAUUGACAUGAUCAAGCAGAUUCUUGAUAAUGGGUAUGCCUACAGCGUUGAUGGGGACGUGUACUUCAAUGUAGACAAGUUUCCUGAAUAUGGACGAUUAUCUGGGCGAAAUUUAGAAGAUAAUCGAGCUGGUGAGCGGGUUGCUGUGGACUCAAGGAAGAAAAAUCCUGCUGAUUUUGCUUUAUGGAAGGCUGCAAAGGAGGGAGAGCCAUGUUGGGAGAGCCCAUGGGGUCUUGGAAGACCUGGAUGGCAUAUUGAGUGUAGUGCCAUGAGUGCUGCUUAUCUUGGUUACUCUUUUGACAUACAUGGUGGCGGAAUGGACCUUGUGUUUCCCCACCACGAAAACGAAAUUGCUCAGAGUUGUGCUGCAUGUAAACAGAGCAAUAUAAGCUACUGGAUACACAACGGCUUUGUAACCGUUGACUCUGAGAAAAUGUCCAAAUCCCUUGGAAACUUCUUUACAAUUCGGCAGGUUAUAGACCUCUACCAUCCACUGGCCUUGAGACUUUUCUUGAUGGGGACCCACUACCGAUCUCCAAUCAACUACUCUGAUGGACAGCUUGAAAGUGCUUCAGAUCGUAUUUUCUACAUCUAUCAGACGUUGCAUGAUUGUGAGAAUGUUCUAAGUCCAAAUGAGGUGGCCAUUCGAGUGGAUUUGAUCCCACCUGAUACUGCAAAUUGCGUCAAUAACUUCCAAAACAUUUUUGAGGCCUCUAUGUCAGAUGAUCUUCAUACUUCUGUUGUUAUGGCUGCAAUAUCUGACCCAUUAAAGACCAUCAAUGAUCUCCUACAUACCCGUAAGGGGAAGAAGCAAGAUUUGCGAAUGGAAUCUCUUGCAGCUUUGGAAAGGAUAAUCAGGAAUGUUCUGACUGUUUUAGGAUUGAUGCCUACAAGUUACUCAGAGGUUUUGCAGCAGCUGAGGGAAAAGGCUUUGAAGCGUGCUAAGUUGACAGAAGACCAAGUCUUGAAAAAAAUAGAAGAAAGGACCACAGCAAGAAGGAACAAGGAGUAUGAAAAAUCUGAUUCAAUUAGGAAAGAUUUAGCUGCCGUUGGAAUUGCUCUUAUGGACAGCGGUGAAGGUACUACUUGGAGACCCGCUGUUCCACUCGCACUUCAAGAGCAGCAGGUGACGGCAACUUGAACGGCUUCUAGGUUUGCAUUUUUUAACUAAUUAUUGUGAUGCUGUGUGUAAGAUUUGGGUGUAUGCAGUUUUUCUCCCAGGCAUUUAAGGAAUAUGUUCAAUUGUGGGUAGAUAUUAAAAAAAAAAACACAAUUUUUCAUUGAUGCAUUUUACAUCGAAACAAACACAACUCCCCCCUGUAAAUCUCUCUUCUCAAUGAACAUGUAAACAUUUCAUUUUUGGGUU